CUUGUCCUACCGUCAUCAUGGUCGACAAGAUCUACAUAGUCCGACAUGGGUUCAGAUUGAGUUGGAUCACUAACAACUGGAAGAGUGAGACUGGCCUCCCGAGAGAUACCCCUCUGGCAGCGUACGGUGUGACCCAGGCAGAAGAGACCGCAAGGUACUUCGCCAGCCUCCCCGAGGACGAGCGACCAACUCUCAUUUUCUCGUCCCCGUAUUAUCGCUGCCUGCAGACCGUACAGCCCAUCGCGAAAGCACUCGGUCUGCCUAUUUAUGUAGAACACGGCUUGGCUGAAUGGUAUUCCCCCGCUAGGCCGGGCUCGGGAUUGCACCCUCGCCCCGGCUCCGCAGAGUCGUUGAAGGCGCAUUUCCCUGAGAUCGACCCAGAAGGCUGGGAGACAAUAUGGUACCCCUCGCGCAAGGGCGAAAGCCUUUCCGAAGUGCACGACCGUUGUGGUGGCUUCUUGAAUGCGCUCCUACCAGAGGUAGACCGUCGCUGGAAAAACAAGCACCAGAGGAUUCUCCUCGUCAGCCACGCCGCGACUAUAAUCGCGCUCAUUCACGAGCUGGAGGGCGACCGCACCAAGGAGUUCCGCGUUGGCUGCUGCACGCUGUCCGAGCUGGAGAGGAAGCCUGGAGAAGACACUAGCCAGGGUGCGGUCGGAAAAUUCAAGGCGACGAAGCGGGCGGAUGGCGCUCACAUGGAGAAGGGUGCCGACCGUGAGUGGGGUUUCCAGGAUGUGGAAGUGCGCGAUGGCAUGACGAUCGACCAAGGGAUACCCGGCACCGAAAACGAUGCCGAUUUCCCUGUCGGUUGUCAGCUAGACAAGGCAUCUCAGUCGAGUAAUCUGUAAACAGCCUAGAUCUAGAAAUACACGUAUAGAUGUACAUUUGUGGAUAACAGCAUUCUAUCUCUUUCCCUCAAAAUGUAGCCCAUGCGCUAGCAUAGCUAACGCUCGAGUCCCGUAUGGUUUCGCACUCGCUGCUAUGCUCGUAUCGGACCCAUUUGACCGUGGCUUCC